GCUCGACACGCCUGCAACCGCAAAACGCGAUAAGACGACACCAGAUCAUUGAGCUUCACCAUCGCAACCGCCCACCGCGUCGCCAUCAUGUGGUCAUCAAUCGGGCGUGCAACUGUGCGGCAGGUCCGCGUGGCUCGGCUCCCGAUCCGCAGCGCGAGUCGUCUUGCCGUGCAGCUAGCUCCUCGGCGCGCCACGCCCAGCAUCCCAAGCGGCAUCCGCGUCGCCGCCGUUUUCGCAAGGGGUUUCGCCCAGCGCAGCCGCCCGAAGCAGACAUCGACGUCAGAAGCGCCCAAGACCAAGAAAGCCGCUGCGGCGAAGAAGAAGACCGGCAAGCCAAAAGCCCGGACCGCCGCGAAGAAGGCAGCGAGCAGGCCGAAGAAGGAGUUGACGGAAGAAGAGAAGGCCAAGCUUGCAGAGCGGGAGAAAAGGCGCGAGCUUGAUGCCUUGAAGAAGAAGGCGCUGCUGAAGGAACAGCCGGCGCCGCUGCCCACCGCGCCAUGGGUUCUGUUCGUUUCCACGCGGAUGAAGGAGUUGACGAGCCAGACACCGGGUGCGCAGGUUGUAUUUUCGGACCUCAUGCCGAAGGUCGCCGCGGAGUACAAGGCCCUGCCGCCCGCCGAGCUAGAGAAGCUGAAGGCCACGGCGAGCCAGAACAAGAUCGCCAAUGAGAUUGCCAAAAAGAACUUCAUCGAGAGCCGCCCCGUGCACGAGAUCCGCGCGGCUAACCUGGCCCGCAAAGCGCUGCGGCGGAAGUUUGGCGUCCAAAGGGUCGGCACCCUCUCGGACCCCCGGUUCCCCAAACAGACCGUGGGCCCCUACUUCGCGUAUCUCAAAUCGCGUCUUCACGCUGCAGACCUAGCAGGCCUCGACCACAGCGCCAAGACGGCCAGGCUCGCCAGCGAGUGGAAGAACCUCGGCGAGGAAGAGCGCAAGCCCUUCAUCGAGAUGUCGGCAACCGAUUCUCUCCGAUACCAGAGGGAGAUAGAAGCAUACCGGAAAGAAGCCGGUCUGUAGGAGAACCCCCGCGCUUCUCAACGUUGAGUGAAAUGGCGCUCUCGACUGUCUGUGCACUGCGAGGAUCCGUAUCCGACGGGAGUUUGAGGCUUCUCUA